CACACAAAGGCUCAAACUAAUCCCUCUAAUACAACACCUAAACCAACACGUCGCAAACUCAAAGGCAUGAUAAUAAACUGCAAUGGUCUAAAGAGUAUCUCUCGAUCUAAUGAGCUAAAAGCCUUGCUUGAUUUGCAUAACCCUGACUUUGUUCUAGGAACUGAAUCCAAAUUAGAACAAGAUAUUCCAAGUUAUUCAAUAUUUCCAUCAAACUACGCCAUCUUCCGAAAUGACAGAAAUCGUAAUGGUGGCGGAGUCUUACAAGCAGUUAGACCUGAUUAA